GUAACUGUGGCAUCGUGAACAUGUAAACAAACCGUUGUUGAUAUCCGCCCCCAUUAAGACAAUAGUAACCAUACUGCUUAUGUGAUAGUAAUAACAAAUGGUUCCUGAUCCAGUUCGCUUGCUCUUAACACAAUUUUCUUAGGGUUACGACGCAUCUUCCAGGGUUACAACGCAUCUUCCAGGGUUACGACGCCUACAAUGCUGAUCUGGCAGAAGAAAUAUGACACCAAAAAUGGAGAUAUCAUGGGUCGUACAAGUCGAGUUAUUGUUGUUGGAGGGAAAGGAACAGGCAAAACUUCAAUUCUUGAAAGAGCGAUAUAUGCAAACUCCAUGCUGGAUAAACAGCCUUAUAUCCCAACGCUGGAGGACACCUAUGUGGGGAUUGUGGAGACCGAGCGUGGAACUCGAGAGAAGUUACGAUUUUAUGACACUGCCGGAUUAGAUGCUCGGAACCGAACAUUGCCAGUUCAUUACCACAGCCUUGCUGAUGGGUACAUAGUUGUUUAUUCCAUUGCAGACAACAUAUCAUUCCAGCUUUUGACAGAUAUCAAGAAGGAUAUUGAUAAGAAUAAAGACAAAAAAGAUGUACCCAUCAUAAUCUUGGGCAACAAAAGUGAUAGAGCAGAAGAGGAGCGAGCUGUCGAAUUGAACACAGCUGAGCGAUGGGCAGCCAUGGAAAGGUUAAGGAUAUGGGAAGUUAACGUCAAAGACAGGUCAUUGCUCUUGGAACCUAUUAUGAAUUUAGCAUCUCGCUUAAAUCCUCAACCCAGCAAGACUUCUUUCCCACAGUUAACAAUGGGUCGGAAGAAUAAAGAUUGAUGUUUGCCAGAGUCAGGAAUCAUGGAUUUUUCAAUAUGUUGUUACCCCCCAUAAAACGUUUUUAUUUUGAUAUACAUGUAUGUAUAGUAGUUUUAUAAGGUAUUGUUAUUUUUUUUUAUAUUAUGUUAACAUUAGUAAUUUACAUUCCAUGGUAGUGGAAAUUUUAAUGUUAUGUUACAGUAUUCAUGAAAUAGUGUCAAGCCAGUAUGUGUGUUUAUCAUUAUAAGUAUAUAAUCAUGUUAAGUUCUUAAUAUUUUUCUCAUUACCUCAUUAUAGAUCUGUUUAGCAAAACAAACCACCAUUCGUGAAAGGAUAUUAUCAUUUCUGUUACAAACACAUUAUUAAUUUCUGUUACAAACACAUUAUAUGUAUUUAUGUUGAUAACAUUUCUUUGGUGUCUAAUAACAUGUAUUUACAUGUACAAGUGCAACAAAUGAAGAAUACCGUAAUGAUUGCUGACUUUUCCUGAGAUUCUCACUACACAGUAACUUGCAAUUAGUCACAGAUGUGAUGUUGCUUUACUGUAAUUACUUGAAGAUCUAAAAUAUUAGAUUAUGGAUAAACUACAGUAUGUGAAAUUUAUAAUAUAAAUAGAGGUGAUUAAAUGAUUAUAUGGUAAAUGAGCAAAACAAUGGUACUUUUAAUGCUGUAUGAUAUGCUUCAUUCCAUUGAUAAGCUGUAUUCCAUUUUCUCCAUAGGUAUUCCUAAUACUAAUUAUUAUCCUGUUAAGAGAUCAAAUGAUAUACUAUAAACCAUGUAAUUCUGCUGAAUAAAAUUUACUAGAAUAUGUUUAUGUUCAAAAGCUUAUUCUGCAAAUUUCUUUACAGUCAGCAUUGACAAAAAGUUGACAGUACAUGUUAUACAUGUAAAAUGUGUUUCUGCUAUAUGUAGUAUACAAGAUAGACCCUCGUAUUCGACAGCUGCCUUAAACUAAUGGUAUGGCGGUAAGCACACUGUUCGUAAUUGAACUGGUUUCCUAUUUGGUGCUAUGGAUCUAAUUACUGGUAGUGUGAAUGAACUGCUUCAUUUUAGAAAAAUUCUAAUGCAGAGGUGGGCACGUUACUUUCCUGAUGAGCUUGGAACAUAAUGCUUUGCUAUUCUGGUAGGGCAUUCUUUGUUCUUGCACUUUUCUACUCUGUGAAUGACAACAGUCAACUACCAUCUUCUGCUCUUUUUAGUUUUAAGAGCAUUCUUAUUUUGUUGCAUUGUAUUUCACAUAUUCCUAUGCACCUUCCUGUAAAACGAUACAGUAUGUACGUUACGUAUAUUUCAGUUAUAGCUCUUCUGGAAAAUAAUAAUAGUUCAGUAAUGCAUUAUAUUAAAUACUGUUCAUAGUAUUUUAUUAAAAUAAGUAAAUGUCUUCCUUGUGAUUUUUAUAUGGUAUAUAUGUGACAUCUCUUUGUAUUUCAUCAAUAGCAUGUUAUUAUUAGUUUGGAAAACACCGAUUCUGUGGUGGAUAUUGUUUGUUUCAGUUUUACAAAGAAGUCUUUGAAGAUGAAGUUUCAGAGAAUGAACAAACAUUGUUCCUUUUUAUUAGAUUGCUUCUGAUUCCAGACAUAUUCUUUAACAAACUCUUAUAAGUUUAUUCCAAAUUAUCCAACUUCAUUUUUAUCCAGGAGAGGGUAUUAUCCAUGUGCAAUGUUUCUCUCAUAGCCAGUCUCUGUGGGUGCUUAUGUUCUCUUUGAGUUCUGUUGUUGCUGCUGACUUAUAAGCUCUGGUGGCUGGUCAAGGAUUUAAUGCUUUGUUGAAUAUUCUACACUGGUAUUCUUUCAAGUAUUGCACUUUGGCACAGAUGAGCCCUCAGCAUUCAGAUGGAAUCUAGAGUAAAGUUUUCAUAGUUGUGGUAUGUUUGUGAUUCUGUUCAGGAUUAUUUCUCAAGUAUGUAAUAAAAACAAUAAAUAUUUUGGAUACCUAGCAUCAGAUCUCUCCCUGCUUCCGGAAUCUCUAGAAGGCGCCCGAGAUUUAGUGCCUGACUAAUUUUACAACUUUACCUCUAACUGUAACAUAAUACAUUUUCUUCAAACCUUAAAAUUACAACUUGGGCAUACUAUUUACCUAUAAAAUGUAUCUGCACUGUCUUAUUCAAAGAAAGAUUCUACUAAUCAUCUCUGAACAGCAUUUUUGUCUACAAACAUAGAUGCUUUGUGAUAUAUGUAAGAAUUAUAAAGAUUUUGUCUCUUGAAAUCCUGAACAUCAUUAGAUGCCUUCUUGAAAACUGAGUGGGACCUCCCAUGUUGUUCUUACCAUUUUCCUUGUAGAUGUUUGUCAACAUGGUAUAUCUGUUUGCCAUUUAAUUAAGUUUUGAGUGAUUUAGUCUACUUAUUGCUACAUCAACAGUUCAAGGCAUAUGUAAAAUGAGGGUUUUGUAUGUUGGAAACACUUAAUAUUUUUAAUAGUAAAUAUAUUUAUUUGAUGAUUGCAACAUUAUUUUUGAAUGGUAAUUUUGUACAUUGCUAAUAAAAUAACAUUAUGCAGGUUUUUUAUAUAGCUUGACAAAUAAUAUUAGUAAAUGCUACCUGCUUAGCAGUAUUAAUUUCAUGAUAACUAAGCCUACUUUUUUUUUUUACUGUAUGCCUAUAUUAUCUCUUUUGUUAUUAUGUACUACAUUGAUUAUAAAUAAAUCAAGGUUAUCAA